AACCAUUAAGGCAUUAACCAUAUUCUAGUGUCACAACUCAUAAUUUCUCGAAGGUUCUCUCGCUACCUGUGAUUUUUCUGUUUAAAUUUUCCUGUUUAAUUUUGAUUGAAGAUGGCUUCCAAACGUAUUGCUCAAUCUUCUGUGAACUGGGCUGCGAUUGCUGAACGAGUACCGGAAGCGGACAAAGCGUCCUAUUUGGCGUUUAAAGCUAAGUCCGAUGGAUAUCUUCGCAAAAUGUUGGCCUCUCCAGCCGAACCAUUGAAAAUCGAUUGGGCUGCAUACAAAAAUAAAGUGGCAGUACCCGGGUUAGUUGACAAUUUUGAGAAAUUGUACAAUGCAAUUAAAAUUCCAUAUCCAGAAGAUAAAUACAGUGCUGCUAUUGAUAAACACGAAAAGGAAAUUAAAAAAGGUAUUGAAGAAUUCAAAGCUGAAUCGGAAGUAAUAAUCAAAGAAGCUGAAAAGAGGAUUGCGGAAAUAAAUAGUUUAUUGCCAUUUGGCCAAAUGACCUUUGAAGAUGCUGCUUAUAUUCAACCUGAAUUAACAUUGGACUUGGAGAACAAACCAUCAUUCUGGCCGCAUCAAGAAAUUGAUUAUGUUCAUGAUGAACCAGAAGCAGAAACUCCACAAAUUGAAGAACAGAAAAAAAUUGAUGCAGCUCAUUAAAUAAAUAAAAUGAUUCUUAGUUUUCAGUUCUAUUUUACAUCAUGGUUUUUCCAUAAACAUUUAGAAAUAUAUUUAUAUACCUAUAUAUAAAUUCAUGGUUAAAA